AUGGCUACUAAACCUACCGAAAAAGAAUUAUCUGAUGUUACAUUAGCCGUGCAAAAAUUGUGGGACUUGGAUACUAAUAGAUUAACACCAGGUGUUGAUUAUGAUCUUAACUUGCCAUUGGCACUUCGUAGAGGAGAUAACACGCGAGAUCAUUUAUUUAAAUUUGUAUCCAAUAAACCUAGCAAAAUGCCGACAUUUCAAUUAUUUUAUCAUUUGCUUGAUAAUUACAUUCCAGAAACCGGUAUACCGGAAGAAGUCGAUACUCACGAAUUAAGUGAAAAUCAGGCUUUCCUUAAGGCAUGUUUACAAACUGCUCCAAUGAUUUACACUUUAAAUUAUUUGAAAGCAAAAGGACUAUUUCAGGGAACUGAAGCUGCAUUUGAAAAGGCACUUGAUAAGAUAUGGUUUAAACUUUAUAGAAGAGAAGGUGUUGGUAAAGAUUCCUCCGCUUUUGAGCACGUUUUUGUUGGUGAGGUUAGAAACGGGGAAGCAAAAGCGUUUCAUAAUUGGAUUACGCUUUACUUUUAUGAGAAAACCGGUAAAAUUGAUUAUGAAGGUUUCGUUCCAAGCAGGGGAAGAAAUGAAAAGCCCGAUCCAACUGCUCAUAUAAUUCCCAUAAGAUUUACGUUUAAAGGAGCCCUUAAACCUUUCUCCACUUCAUUCAUCGGCACCUCUCCAGAAUUCGAGUUGGCAAUGUAUACCAUGUUAUUUUAUCUUGGAAGACAAGAUACCAAAGCGAGAUUAGAUGAUAUCAAUUUAAACAUUAAGAUUUAUCCUUUUUUUGAAAAAGAUGGUGAUGGUACCAAAUUAAUAGGUUCCGCUUUUCCCGAGAUCGUUUAA